AUGCCUACUAUCUUCCCAACAUGGCCUCACAUCCUUUUCGGUGUCCUUGAGCCCAUCUCAUUAGCCCUAGGCAGUGCCUUUCCACUAUACGAUAUUCAAGGCUUUAUUGCCGGCCAAACACCCACAGUUGCAGCCCCAGCCACGCUACACCCAAGCAGCGUUGCCCUCGCCUAUCAACUCGGCAAUAUCUAUUCACUCCUCUUCCUAGUCGGCGUAGGCGUGUGCCACUCAACAACAGAGCCAAGAGUUCUACGCAACUACCUAAUCGGACUGGCCAUCGCCGAUAUAGGCCAUGUCUAUGCCACAUACUUGGCGAUGGGUUGGGAUGCGUUUGCGGAUGUUGCGGCAUGGAAUGCUCUGACAUGGGGCAACAUCGGCAUCACAACUUUCCUAUUUGUCAAUAGGAUUGCCUACUUCAUGGGUAUUUUCGGUUAUGCGAAAGCGCCUAAGGCGGUUGCAAAACAGGAGUGA